GUAGCGGACCCUCCUCACAUUUGAGAAAUUAUCGUGACUCUAGACGUACGUAGCCUAGUUGUAAGUACUACUGGAGUGAGAUAGAGACUGAACAGAUAUUGUCGAGAUUUUAGCGCUUUGGAUUCCUGACGCAGCCGCACAAAAUUUUGGCUCAAAGCAGUAGAUAAAAGUAGUUUUUGUGACUCACGAGGUGAGCAGUAAGUCUAGAACAAAAAUGGCAUCCAUCAACAGCAAGUCUAGAACCCCUGCGGCCUCUCGGCCUGGCGCAGGGCCUCUCUUGCCGCAGACGCGAGCACCUGGUAAAUACUCGCUUGUUUCGGGCGGUGGGUCCGUUUUUGUUCCCAUGAAGACCACUGCAACCUCCACGAAGGGCAAAGUAUUUAUGAAAGUUCGUUUUUGUACAUGUGAUAAAGUUUAAGGUGGAUAAGAUCAUACCAAAUUGUAUACGGAGGGGUUGCUUCUUGAUGCGAAUUUUUGAUUUUUACAUUGAGAUUGUCUUCUGACCUGUGCCUGCGAAACGGCCCCAUUUCGAUUUCAUUCAAAAGCUGCGGUUACUCGUGCUUGUGGCCCACCCCUGCUCCUACCGUACAACUAAAGAUCUUGUUGCUCACAAGGAAAUCUAUCACAUCUCCACAAACUCUAUCAAAUCUCCUCUAUCAAACUCAAAGGCGGGCGGCCCUCUGCAGCAUCCGCCGCUUGCAGAGGCGGCUUCAGGCGGAGUGAGGUCCUCGCUCGGUAUGACCCCGAACCGAAAGUCACACUUUGCACGUGCGCAACAAGUGUACGGCACGCGCUCUUUUAUGGCUUGCCGUAAUUCAUAUUAUAAGAUGGUGGAUCAUCUUUUAUAAGAUUAAGUACUCACACGUUUUCAACAAGGGGAAAGUACAGCAAAGAUGGCUUUGAAGAUUUUUUGAAUUUAUAGGGAAGCUCCUCUAACUCUUCUCUUGGGUCUAGCACGCUGCGUCCGAAACCGAUGAGCAAAACUCUAGCACCAGGAACCGCAUUCAGCAGGAGAGCACGAGGACUGGAGGGCGGUCCUGCAGGGGCACUCGUUGUUAAUGCUCUGAAAGUUAAUGUAGCAUCUUCGCGCCCAACAUCAACUCAUCAAACUCAAGCUUGUGUACCGCCCGCAGGGUCAGGCAUGCUCGUUGCUACAUCAGAGCAAGCAGAGCAAGGGGAGAUCAGCAGUAUCGCGUUUGAGGAAGCGUCAACCAACAACGUCUCCUCAUCUGGCAUGGUCAUUGACGAUGGCAGUGAGUUCAAUCCCCCUACGCGAAGCAGGGUUCUCAGCGCAGCAUCAACGUCAACCAGCUUGCUAGGCUCGUUGUUUCCUGCUCCACCGUCUUCGAUAGGAGUAGUAGCUCCACCAGUUCUUGUGCGAAGAGAUGAACAAAGAGAGGACCAUAGUACAAGUGCUCAACAAGAGCAGCAAGGAGGUGACCACUCGGGUUCUACAGCACAGGAGAGGCUUGUUGUAGAUUCGCAAUCAGGGAACACAAUGCAACAGGCUUCAUCAGCGUUUGCAUCAAAUAUUAGGUCUGACGCACGAACUCCACCAGUGCCGAUCUUUCGACCCGUGCCUCCCGCUAUUCCUAUGCAUCUGAGAGCCUCCUUUUAAGACUUGAAGCAUUUCAUAUUGGCUUUUGCGCGCUCUAGUUAUUGACACAUUUCAAGAGGAAGCCAACGUGGCAAACAAUACUUAUGUAACGCAAAAAAUACAUAAAAUCGUUUCCUCCUUUAAUCCUAUGCAUCCACGACCGGAGAACAAGGCGAUCCACAGGAGAACAGUGCUGCUCUGCUGAAUGCAUCUAUGACCCCUACAAGUCUGCGACGUGGGAUUCGGUCAGCGUUGAGGGGCUCAGCUUCGCUGGCAUCGUUGCCUUACCCAAAGCCACGACUUGGGAGUGUCUCCCCGGCAUCGAUUAUGCAGCACCGCCGCACACCUCCCGCUACUCGAAACGGCGGAGCAGGGGGUGGAAGCAGCUUGUCACUUCUCAGCAAGCCGGGAGAAGCUUACAGCUUCACGUUUAACAAUGACCUGCUACGUCGAACUGUUGGGGGUAGCAGCAGUAGUGCUGUGGGAGCACCACCAGGCGCGAAUAGUUCAGCAUCGACUUCCUCUAAUUUAGUUUCGCAAGGACCAGAAAAACAAGUGGAUCGUAUAAUUAACCAAAAUCAAUACUCAACAUGUAGUACGGGGAAGCACGAUAUCAAGAUGAUGGUGAGAAGAAGCGCUGAGCAAUUGACUCCUGCUGAGGUUCUCCUGCGGAGGUCGUUCGACAUCGAACAACUUCCGUCGUCGAAUGUGAAUUAAGGCCUACGCUAAGUCUAAUUCAACAUCUUAUUUAUGAAAAGGAGCAUCCUUAGUUGUUGUCCGCUUUUCUAAAGGAAAACACGACAAGGAUGCUCAUGCUUUUCAAGAUAAGUUUUUCCCUCAUAGCCUAGGUUUACCCCACCAAGCAACUAAGUGAGCUCCCUCUAAGUUCAGAAAGCUGCAAAUAAUGUCUUCACCAUUCGUCGCCCAAGCGUUUCUCUAGCAGCAAAGAUGAGGAGUGGAAGUGUUUCAGUAUCGCAAUCGUGGGCAGAACCGUCACCACACACUACUAGUGACCCAGAAGGAUUUGGUCUAGGAUUAUGGCUUCCCGUAAUUCAUCUGGAGAAGCAUCUUUGACACGUUUCCAACGGGAAAACACGUCAAAGAUGCUGUGCAAGAUGAACUAAAGUAGGCUCUAAUCUGAGGACCAAAAAGAGGUGGGGUAGGGCCGCUACCACAGGACGAUGCUCAGCUGAUGAUGGUAGACCCGAAGCAGAAAGACUCGUCAACUACAGCAGCACCAGUGAGUACUUCUGGUGAUGGCACGACAACAGCACCAGUGAGUAGUACGGCAGCGCCAAUUCUUGCACCCACGUCGAUCUUAGACAUCGGGCCAAACGAAUAUCCACCAAAUGUCCGCGGCAAUGCCAGAGCAGCACUGAGUACAGCGACAUCAAGCAGGGGUGUACCUGGUCCAACGAACAAAGGAGGGCUAGCUGCUUCAGCCUCAGCAUCUGCCUCCAAGGGAAAAGGAGGAAGCAGCAGCAUCCUCCACAAAGAGCAUGUUCCUGACAAGGCAGUUGCCGUAAUUAGUACAACUAAAAAAGAUGGCCCAGCACCAAGCAAUGUCGUUGCUGCGACAGCUGCUUUCGAGGCGCAGAAAGAAGAAAUCGUAAGAAAACUGAGUGAGGCUGCAUUGGGGCCGAUGGUUAACAAUGUUGAUGUUCCUUUUCCUGCGCCAACUGCAACUAGUAGUAGUACUACAAGCACAGCACAAAUGACCACGAAGACACCAAACAAUCUAACUUCUGGAGGUGCUUCCUCGAGUACCACUAGGUUUGCUGCACCAACCAGAACAACAGCCUCAGGGGGUGCGCACCACCAGCACCCUCACCAGAGGAAUGGAGGAGGCUUGAGUAGCAAUAGUGCUAGCGCCAGUGCCUCUUUGAGUGCAACACCCACGCGCUCGGUUGCAUCGACAUUAGCUGGCGCAAAGACCCGGGCUGUCAAGCCUCAUUAUCCAGCAUAUAACGCGGUUUCAUCCUUGAGGAAAAUGGCCAGUCAGCAUGCGCCUUCUUCCACCGCUGGAGCUUGUAAUAACAGCAGCAACAUUAGGCCCAAUAAGCAGUCUCUGUCAAAAACUACAGGGGGAUCUAGUAGUGCCUCUUCGGCAUCGCGAGAGCAUGUAGGACAUCGCAAAGCAGCAUCGGCAAAAAGUAAAGCAGCGUCAACAGCGAUCACCAGAGCAGGUUCUUCUAGUAAAGGAGCAAAGUCUUCUUCAUAUGCAUAUGUUAGUAGAGGUGGUACGAGUACGGGUAAUACAGGUGGUAGAGGAGGUGCCACUUCGUCCAGUACGCCGAACAGUACUAAUGCUGGUACUAGAGCGCCCUCUUCUUUUCGACCAGGAGGCACGUCUACAACACAACAGCAGCAGUUGCAAGGUAAAAUGAAUGCUUCUAGUGUUACUUCUGGCGCUACUUCAAGUGUUUGUGUUACUUCUGGCGCUGGAGGAGGUAGUGGCUCUUCGAUGUUGCAGCCCUCGACAUCUGCACAACAUUGUAGUGCAAACACUGGUAGUAUGGCGAGUGGCAUGGGUGGCACGAAACACACAGCCUCUUCUUCUUCAAUAACAGGCUUUUAUGCGCAUCGCCAGCACAUGACACCCAGUGGCAACGCCAAUAAGUCAAAGAUACUUCAACAGGCCCUGAACUUUCGUCGAAAUGCGUCGACGCCUCACUUGCGGCGCCCCUCAUCUUAAGGCUACUGUUGAAGCAUCCUCUGCGUCAUCCCUGGCCUCCUUUUCAAGGGGAAAAAGAAGGCUCCAAGGAUAUCGGUCUCAAGGAUAUGGCUCUCAAGGAUAUGGGCUCAAGGAGGUAGCUCUAAUCAUCAGUGGCAUCGCAAAGAGCCGCUUUCGCUUACGGGAAAGCUGCUUCUUCUGGCGCAACUACUGGUGGCGGUCCUAUCAGCAAAUUAUCAUCAUCCAGCUCAUCAUCUAAGCUAGGAUUAAGGCUCAACUUUCAAUGGUCAUUGGGGUUGGUCACUGAGAUCGAAGAGGCGACCCCUUGAGAGCACAGGGGAAAAUGAAGGGAAAAGGGGAGAGCUUUGAAGGGGAUCUCUUCCGUUCAGAGUCAGUGGCCAAUGAAUGCUGAGCUUUAAUAGGAGGAGUGUCUUCGUCUAUGGGGACAACAACGACAACACUUAGAGGAUCCAGCUCCUCAACGCAUCUAGGAGGCUUUGGAGGUUCUUUUUCUAAAGCAAGCACUUCCGGCUUCUACAAGAACUGUCCACCAAAUAGUGCUUCUAUGAAAGGGUCCACAUCGACGUCGUCAGGCACGACGUCCAUAUCAGGAGCUCUACUACACCAAGACGCAGCUAGCAAUAUUGGAGCAGGUGCUAGUCAUCAGAUGACGCAGCAACUUCCUGUUGGUGCAUUAGCACAUCAGAAUCUUUUCGAUGAAAUAAUAAGGCGAAAUGCAACGUACGGACCGUUGUUGACAAAAAUCAAGACGGCCUAUGACGCUGAGGUCGGACGUAAGAUGGCUGAGCAGCAUCGGCAAAAUUUGCAAAAGGAGGCUUCUGAGGGUUAUGAAUGUUGAAAGUACAUCUUAAUCUACAUCAGAGAGUUACGGGAGUACUUCUGAGAGUUACGGGAGUACUUACUUCUUAAUCUCCAUCAUGAUGUAGUAGUAGUUAUUGGUAGUUGUAUUUCUCGGCUCUUAUGAUCUCGAGCUUACCAGUUAUUGGUAGGUGUGGUGGUCGUGCGUUCUUCAAAGUACAACCUCUUGGCGUCCCCAUAUUGUUUGAUCCACUUUUCUCUCGUUGGCUUACAAGUUCUACUCUUCUGCGAAAUCUUGUCACAUCGAUUCAUCCUGCAGGUACAUGCAGUAGGUCUAUCAAGGGUGCACUUCUUCGACUUCAUCUUCUUCGCCUUCAUCUUCUUCGCCUUCAUCUUCAUCCUUGACUCCUGCUGAGUUCUCUUCUCUCUGCUCUACAGCCUCUUGUUCAAUCUCCCCUGUCCUCAUCUACCUACCUCUUUUUCUUUCAUCAUCUCCAGAAAUGGACGCACCUCCAAGGAGUAGCUCCAGACGCAGCUGCCCUUCAGCAGGCUUUGAAGCGGAACGAAACGGCUAAGCGAGAGCUGGCUUUGUUAGAGGAGAUGUUGCGAAUAGAGGAAGAAAAGUUGGAACUCGCGAGCCAACAGCUCCAAAAUCUUGGAGGCAGCUCUUCUCGAGUAGUAGUCGGCCUUGGAGCAGGAGGCUCUUCUCGAGUAGUAGUCGGCCUUGGAGCAGGAGGCUCUUCUAAAGUAGUAGUAGACCUCCUAAACAACAACGUCGCGCCUGCUGCGUCUGAGCGGUCAUUGGCUCUUCUAUCCUCGAUAGAACCAACAUCAGGGGCUACUGAUUAUGACCAUGUUGAUACUGUCUUUGGUUGAACUAGAGCUUAGAAUUAUAGAUCACGUAUCAUUUUCAUUUUGUUAUUUUUGAGCACUUGAAGUGAUGGGGAUAGACACGUCAUAUUCAACAGGCCUCUUUCUGCUUGACCUUGUGACUUACACACGAGUAGAUGGCGUCGUCCUCAUCUAAUUUCUAGAAGGCGGUAGCGAGGGCCAGACGCCAGGGCUUUUUGAUUCACUUGCGCCAGACUGGAAUCCCGAUGCUCAAAACGCGGCAGGUGGAUGCGGAAAGUACUUAUCUUCUAGAUUUACUGUAACAUCAGACAAGAAACCGAUGAAGCUUUACAGUCAGUAUAUUCUACUCUACAGUAUUGAUUUGUAUUUGUUCAGAGCGAUUAUAGCUAUAGCACACACAACAAAUUCUCUUUUUCCUCACACACAGUUUUGAAUACGACAAACAGUUUCGAAUACUUACGACAAACAGUUUUGAAUACGGUAAUACUUAAGUACAACAAACAGUUUUGAAUACGUCGAUGCGCGUGGCCCAGAGCGAACAGCACUCUCGAGUUCCCCAGGAGAAAUGCUAAACCAAGCUAUAAUGUCCGUCGGGGACCUCUCAUCACUCCCACCAGACGAUAA